AUUUCAGUUUUGGAUAUGGCCCGUCAUGUUCCUUUGUACUUAGCAGUAUUACAAUUACUUAGAGCGUUUGCUCAAAGUAAUCAAUUAGCAAUGCUUCUAAUACCAACUUUAAACACUGAGGAUACUACACCAAUUUCCUGUUUGCUAAGCACUAUGAAACAAUGUGUUGACACAUAUGCUAUGAGACUUAAAUCUAAUAGUAGAGCAACAGGUAAAAUUCCAAAUCAAAAAAGCCAUUCAAAAUUGCAUACUCAGCUUGAUGAAGAAGAUGAAGAUGACGAAGGCUUAGCAACUCUCAUACCAGAAAUACAAGAAACGGCUUUAUUAGUAGAGACUGCAAUUCAACGAUUGAAAGCUGAAGGUCAAAGUGAUAAUAUAGCAAAUUCAGAAAGUAUAUCUGGAAUUUCCAUAGAAAAGACAAUUACAUUAUCCUUAGAAGAGAGAUAUUUGCAAGUUAUGAAGAAAUUGCAAUUUGAUACUUACGAAAUGAUGGUGGAAAAUACUGGAUCAAUGUCUGGCGGAACUGGUUUUCGAUUUACAGUCCCCUAUCAUUAUGAAAAUAGUGUUCGAGCUAUGGGCUUCAGAUGUUGUCAUCCUGGGAGAGUUAAACGUUUGGCUCAAGAAGCAGUUACUUUGUCAACAAGUUUACCAUUAUCUUAUAGUAGUUCUGUUUUUGUUCGCUGUGAUACUGAUCGUUUAGAUGUUAUGAAAGUUUUAAUAACUGGACCAGCUGAGACUCCAUAUGCCAAUGGCUGUUUCGAAUUUGAUGUCUUUUUCCCACCGGAUUAUCCUGCUAGUCCUAUGCAUGUGCAUUUAGAAACGACCGGUAGACAAAGUGUUCGUUUUAAUCCCAAUCUUUAUAACGAUGGAAAAGUCUGUCUGUCUGUGCUCAACACAUGGCAUGGGAGACCUGAAGAAAAAUGGAAUUCACAAACAUCAAGUUUCUUACAGGUACUAGUAUCAAUACAAUCUUUAAUCCUUGUUCCGGAACCAUACUUCAAUGAACCAGGUUAUGAGAGGUGCCGCGGUACCCCUAGCGGCGCAAAUAGUUCUCGUGAAUAUAAUGCCAACAUAUACCAAGCUUGUGUUCGAUGGGCAAUGCUUGAGCAAUUAAGGCAACCUUGUGCAUGUUUUAAAGAUGUUAUUCAAACACACUUUUGGAUGAAAAGGCAUGAAAUAGCAAUUCAGGUUGAAGGGUGGAUAUCAGAAUUAGAAUCUCAAAGUACUGAAAGGAGAACGGGAAGAGUGGCUUCAUUAAAUGCAGUCACACUAAAGCGCUAUUAUAAGUUACUAAGAGAGGAAUUGUCUAAACUUCCUGUGCCCGAAGGAAUGUGCGAAUUAGACCAGCCGCCAUUCAGUGCUGACACAUCGCCAACAACUCCAACAGCACCUCAACUUCGACAGUUACUAAAUACAUUAAAUCCAAAUCAGCAAACAGACCCUUGGACAUCUGGUGUUGCAUACCAUUCAUCUUUGUCCGCUCAGCCUGACCUUGUGCAAGACGUACUAACAACUGAAGCAACAGAUACAGAUGUUGAAAUGGAAAAAAUUGUAUCAGAUGUUCUAUGUGACUAGAGCUUGAUUUGAGUUUAUCAUAGAAGUGUUAAUGAAACUAUAUUUAUUAAUGGUUUUAUAUAUGAAUGGAUCCAAAAUAACAGGUGUUAGCCAAAGAGCAUUUAGUUUCUCAGAAUAGAAUUGUUAAUUUAGAUUAUCAUUUGUACAGUUUCAUGAGAAGUAAUCACCAUAUGUUUAUAAACAAUUGGUUGUAUCAUUUAUUUAUAUU